ACACCAGGAAGUCAAAAUAUUAGGAUUUAUUCGUAAGUCGUUAUGAAGAGUUAUAUUCCUCCAUUACAUAGGUUUGCUUGACUUCACAAUGAACAGUCUAAUUGUACAGCUUUUGGCUUCCAUCAUUGUCUUCGUCGCUCUCUCGUUCACCCAGGGGAACGGUAGUAGGAGUGGACCCUCAGUCAAGGAGACCAUUCGAUCUGGCGGGAAAAGUAGCGAGGAACAAAGAUCCAUUAGGUCUUCGCUGCCUUCGGACGCAUACAAUGCUGCUAGCUUUCAGAACAAGUUUAAAGUUGAUAACAAUACGGGAACAGCCGUCGUUUGUGGACCAGAUGGUGCCCAUUUGAAUAUUUCAUGGAGACCGAAAGUUAUUGACCCGGAUAAGUCUAUCCAGUUAUAUUUCGACAUCACAAAUCCCAUAGACUUCGAAAAGGGUCAAGCCAAUGUAGAUGUGUACAUGGAGGGCAGCUCUGAUCCCAUUUUCUCUGUGGUUCAAGAGAUCGCUUGCAAUGAUAUCAGUAAAGUGUCACCGCUUAUACAAUGUCCUUUGAAGAAAGGAGAUAAUCAUAAGUUUCAAUACAAAUACAGCGAUUUGAACAGAUUGCCAGUCGGGGCCUACAUAAUCGUACUGAAGAUCUUAAGUUAUGAAGGAAACCCGCAUCCACUGUUUGCCUGUUUGAACCUAACCCUACAUAUUGUACCAUCGGAUCAAAUGCUUUUCAAUCCAGUUGACUGAUUGUAUAGACCUCGGCAGAAGAAUAAGGGUACAAGCAUACUAAAACAGGUUAUUACACAACAAAAUCAUUCAUGUGUAUUCGUACGCAUUUUUUUUUUGGCCAGGACAACCAAUCAAAAUGUUCAUAGAUGUUUUGAUGAAUUUAAUUGCACACUUGCGUUAUUUUUGAAGCAUGAGAAUGAAAAACUUGAUUGUCAUCUUUUUAAAUGUUCUACAAAAAUGCAACUUACGUAUAUACUCAACUUUUUUAAUUUGACUAAAUGUUAUGAUGGCGAAAUACUUGUAUAAUAAACCGAAAUGUUCAUUAA